CGGUCCUUCCAUCUAGUGUCAUGACGCAAAAAAACGGAAGACGUAGCCUCUGUGCUGUCAAUGCCAACGAAAGAGAAGAAGCAUUGAGAGUCACAGCUAAAGCCCGCAUUUAAGACAAGAUGGCAGGACUGCCCCGCAGGAUCCUUAAGGAAACUCAGCGUUUGGUUGCAGAGCCUGUGCCAGGCAUCAGAGCAGAGCCGGACGAGGCGAACGCUCGCUACUUCCAUGUGGUCAUUGCUGGACCUCAGGACUCACCUUUUGAGGGGGGCACAUUUAAACUUGAACUCUUUCUCCCAGAAGAAUACCCCAUGGCAGCUCCUAAAGUACGCUUUAUGACCAAAAUAUAUCAUCCCAAUGUAGACAAGUUGGGAAGAAUAUGUCUAGACAUUUUGAAAGAUAAAUGGUCUCCAGCCCUGCAGAUUCGCACAGUGCUGCUAUCAAUCCAGGCAUUACUAAGUGCGCCCAAUCCUGAUGAUCCCCUAGCAAAUGACGUUGCAGAGAAGUGGAAGACCAAUGAAGCUGAAGCCAUAGAGACAGCCAAGUCAUGGACCAGGCUUUAUGCUGGAAACAACAUCGACGUGUAGAGCGGCGUAACAAGUGGAGAAACAAAUGGAAGUCAAGUGUGAACACAACUCCUCAUGUUCUGCCAAGACCUCUUCCUACUUCAUUUGCAUUUAAAGGACACAGUCUUAAAAAUAUAUAUAUUAUAAAACAAACAUUAAGGAAUAUAUUGUAAAGGAAAAAAAAACAACUGCUGACAAUUGGUGAUUUAAAUGCACACUAGAAAAAAAAAAUGACUUGUCUUUGUCCUAAUUCACUACUGUUCAAAUGCAUGGGCAGAGGUUUUAGAUCUACUCACCUGGCUUUCUUUGUCCAUUGAUUUCGGAAGGCUGUUGCCAACCUUGGCUUUAACAAGCGUGUUUAGAAAAAACUGGGUGUCAUGUGUAUGUCCCACUUUUUUUUUUUUUUGUGGUGGGUGGGGUGGGGGUGGGCAAAGGGGAUUGGCAGGGAGGAAAGAGCGGCUCUUUCUCCUCAGUAUGGUAUACUUUUUACUUUUCUUUUAACUUUGUUUUCUUGUGUCGCUGUCUGUUCAUUACAAGCAGCUAACUGCUAGCCCAUUGUAGACACACCUGAAGGCAGUCGAUGAAUUCUUCCUGUGUAAAAACGCCCAGCAAGACGCAUCAACAAUCAUAGCCCGACUUUUCCUUUUUGAAUCACAUCUGACUUGAACAUAAAUACAAAAUAAUAUGACUGAAAAUGAAACUGAGCCUGUCACAUUAACAUUUGCAACCACUGUCAGUGUAGACCCUAAUAUAGGCUUAUGACUGAUGUUGGGGUACGAGAAGGAGGGAUGUGUGUAUGUGUGUGUGUGCGCGCGCAAGCAACAGGACCUUUCCUCAGUUUUAAGGUAUAUAUGUUUUGCUAUCAUAUCCGGUCUCCUAUAUUUGGAUCUUUCCUGCUAUCUCCCUUCUAAUUACUCUCUGCUUCUUCCUGUUCGUCAUCACAAUCUAAUGCUACAAGAUUCAGUGGUUUACUUCCUCCCCGUGACAUUUAUUUCAGGAAAUAAGGGUAGCAUUUGAGUUGUCAGUUCUGUGUUGAUGUGAACAGCGGGUGGGGGGUGGGCGGGCGGGGGUGCGGGAACGGGACGGGGGCUGUUCGAGGAGAUGCUGGGUUACUGCAGGAUCAAACUCCAAAAGAUCAAUGAAGGCUUUGUUUCUCAACUGUCACGAUUGGUCUUUGGUUGAAAAGUCUGUAUUCAAUUCACUGUUUGUAAAUUCAUUCUUUCUAUUAAUCUGGGGAGGAAAUGUUUUCCUUCUCUCAGAAUGCUAUGGAAACAGUCCACCUGCAUACUUUUGUUUUCUGUAAAUAAAAUCUGUUGAUUAAUAAGAAA